GAUCACAUGCGGCGUGCAGGCGACGUGUGCUUUGCACAGGUCUUCAAGGAGAGCAACGGCAUGAUGGGGAUCGUGGACUACAGCAACGAGGAGGACAUGAAGUAUGCGGUCCGCAAGCUGGACGAUUCGGAGUUCAAAAACCCUUUUUCCCGUGGCUGCUACAUUCGAGUGCGUGAGGAGAGCAAGACCGGUCGCGAUCGCAGCAGGUCCCCGCGUCGCCGCGAGCGGUCCCGUUCACGGUCUCGCUCCCGCUCUCGCUCCGCUUCGGGUUCGCGCUCCCGAUCCCGCUCCAAGUCCAAGUCUCGCUCGCGCUCUCGAUCGCCCAAGAAGAGCGGAUCCAAGUCCCCCUCUCGCUCCCGCUCUCGAUCCAAGUCUCCUGCCAAGUCUCCCGAGCGUGCUCGCUCUCCUGCUGGCAGUGAUGGGAAGGCGGCAUCUGGUUGAUCGUUGCAUUGCUCGCUGAACCUCAUUUAGUAUGUAUGAUUCACUUGUGUGUGCAGUGACCGAAUGGGAGCUUCGCGUUUGUUGCUUGUUAGAUUUGUAUAUUAGUGGAUAUGUUUGUGUAUUUUUUAAAAAUGGCUAAAUUGAGUGCUCAAGAUAAGGGCGUUUCCGAAGUGUUUUUUUUGUAUAAGCAGGAUCCAGUGUUUCCUGUUUCAGCCAUGGCCCCCAUUCCCCCCAGCAGCUUGGCUUGCCUUGGCUUCCUCGUCGUCCUAGCUUCCACCCUCCUCCCUUCCGCAAACGCCGUCUACGCCACUUUCAGCGAAGGCAUCAACUCCGGCGGCGGUGCGUGCAACUACGAGGGUAACCUCCGCGACGACCCGCUUUUCAACAACGGAAUGACCGCCAUGAUCCCUCAUAGCAGGUACGAGAACGGCAAGGGCUGCGGCACGUGCUACGAAGUCGAGUGCCUCAACCACGCGAGCUGCCGCAGCAGCGUCGUGACGGUCCGAGCGGUGGGAGUUCAAGGCGAGGACUUCCUGCUCUCCGACACCGCGUGGGACGAGAUCUCCAACGACCGGUCCGCGGGCCGCGUGGAGAUUAGGUACCGCGGCGUGGACUGCCCUAACAACGGCGGGAUCGCGGUUAAGAUCAUGCCCGGGAGCAACCCAUACUGGUUCGCGAUCCAGGUCUUAGGAGCGGCCGGCGCGGGCGGCGUGGAUCUGCUGGAAUUAUCGACGGACGGCGAGAAUUGGACGAGCAUGAGCCAGCUGGGGAAUAGCGCCACGUGGACCCUCAAUCCCGCGAAGGAUGUCGUCGACGUGGGCGUGGCGGUGAAUCUGCGCGUGACGCUGGUGGGAGGCGCGCAGCAGCCGCUGGUGUGGACCGAUGCGAUUCCCACUCCCUCCGCAUCCCUUCGCAUCCCUUCGCAUCCCUUUGCUCCUGCGCGGGGGUCACGACCACAGCUGGUCACCCAGCAGCAUCCCUUUGCACCGCAUCCAACCAAAUUCCGCCCCUCGUUGCUCUCCUGCCUCUGUCUCCGUCUUCCCUCUCGUGCCUUGAGGUAUGUGAGGAGAGCAAGGCCAGCCGCGAUCGUAGCAGGGCGUCCUCUCCUGCCUUUUGGCCUGCCGCAACCGUCCCGUAAGUACAGCAAGAUUCUCGACAUCGAGCUCACGCUUCCGCCUCGCCCCCCUGGCUUCGCGUUCGUGGAGUUGGCGGACCCCAGGGAUGCGGAGGACGCUAUAAGAGAGCUGGCCAUGACUUGGACGGCCACAGGCUGCUAGUGGAGCUGGCGCAUGGGGGCUGCGGGGGUGGCAGCUUCGGGGAUCGCCGGGGGGACUUCCAGCUGAGCGGGGGCGGGACGUCUUGCAGGACUGAGUACGGCGGUGCGUUGGUUGGAGGCAUGUCGGUUGGUGCAUGGGAUGGUGAUGAGACAGCUUCGGUGGUGGCUGGUGGGAUUCCCAGCCGCGAGGGGGCGGGCCGUCUUGCAGGACUGAGUACCGCGGUGCGCUGUUUCUCUCCUUUUCCCAUCUGUGCAAUUCCUUGGACAUCUUCCAGUGAGCGCGGCGUCAGGAGACGGGUUAGCAAGUAGGAAAAAACAGUUGAAAACGAUGCUUAUGUAAACGCGAGUUUGGAGUAGUCGGAGCUCUUCCCUUAACAACCAAUUAAACAGGUGACAAACAUGUUUCGGCCGCAGGGCAUACCCUAGCGAGCCUUCUUCAGUGCCAAUGAGAAAGUAUGAGC